AUGAAUAGUACGAGUUGUGGGACAUAUGACAGGGCUAGGGCGUACCCCGCAGGCGACGCGCAGGGGCAGCACCCGGCUCCUGUGGGAAGUGGGCAAGGGUUGUCGCACCUUACGGAGCGGGUGCGACGUAAGAGGCGAGCCCGGAGAGAGAAGAAUGUCAGAGUGAGGUUUGCAAGCUGGAAUAUAGGUACGAUGACUGGAAGAGGAAGAGAGUUAGCAGAUGUUUUGAAACGACGAAGAGUGAAUGUUGCCUGUUUGCAGGAAACAAAAUGGAAGGGCAAUAAAGCAAGAGAGAUUGGGGAGGGAUACAAGUUUUAUUAUUGUGGAAGUGAUGGGAAGCGAAAUGGAGUAGGAGUUGUGUUAGAUAGUGGAAUGAAAGAACGAGUGACAGAUGUGAAAAGAGUAAAUGACAGAAUGAUAGUUGUUAAAUUAAUGAUUGAAAACAAAGUAGUGAAUGUUGUAAGUGUGUACGCUCCGCAAACAGGCUGUGAAGAGAGUGUGAAAGAGAAGUUUUGGGAGGAAUUUGAUUGUAUGAUGAUGGGAAUACCUGAGCGUGAGGAUGUUUAUAUGGGAGGAGAUUUUAAUGGACAUGUAGGGAGAGUGAAUGACGGGUAUGAAAGAGUACACGGUGGAUGGGGGUACGGAGUGCGGAACCGUGAGGGGGAAGUUCUUCUGCAAGCAGCAUGUGCUUUCGACCUGGCUGUAGUAAACACGUGGUUCCAAAAACGAGAUCAGCAUCUUGUUACUUAUAAAAGUGGCCACCACGCGACACAGAUCGACUAUCUUCUGAUAAGACGGAACCAAAUCAAGAGUGUAAAAAACUGCAAAGUGCUUCCAGGUGAAGACUUAGUAUCCCAGCACCGAAUCCUGCUGGCUGACAUCUGCUUAACUGUUCGCCUCAACAAACAUAAGGAUCGUCCCCCACCCAAAAUAAAGUGGCAUUUGUUGCAUAAGGAGGGGUAUGCAAGUGAAUUUAGAGAGCUAGUUGUAAACAAGAUGAUAGAGAUGGGUGAUAUGGAAGGAAUGAGUGUGAAUGAGUGCUGGAAGGAAAUGGCUGAUUGUAUCCGAAGUGAGGCAAGGAAGGUGUUAGGAGAAACAAAAGGGAAGCGUAUGAUAGAUAAGGAUGGGUGGUGGUGGAGUGAAAGUAUUAGAGAAGUUUUGAGAGAAAAGAAAAAUGCCUUUAAAGAAUGGCAGAGCGUAGAAGACCAGAAUGAAUCCAUAAAAGAAAGUAAGAGAGGGGCGUAUAAAGAAUGUAAGAAGAGAGCGAAGAAGGAAGUUGCUAUUUGUAGGGCAGAGGCGCACGAUAAAUUAUAUCGGUCCCUUGAAAGCCCCGAAGGUCAAAAACGACUUUUUCAAAUUGCAAGAGCGAGAGAAAGGAAUGGAAGAGAUGUUUCACAUGUAAAAUGUAUAAAAGAUGAUUCUGGAAGGAUUUUGACUGACGAUGAAAGUAUAAAGAAGCGAUGGAAGGAGUAUUUUGAGAAAUUGAUGAAUGAGGAGAAUGAAUGGAAUGAAAUGCUUGAAAACCCACCAGUGAAUAUGGGCUUAGUGAGAGAAAUUAGUGUGGAAGAAGUAAAAAUGGCUGUUAGGAAUAUGAAGAAUGGGAAGGCGGUCGGCCCAGAUGGAAUACCAGUAGAAGUGUGGAAGUUGCUGAGGGCGGAUGGAUGGAAGUGGUUGAGUUUAUUUUUCGGUAAAUUGUUGCAGGAAGAACAAAUACCUGAGGAAUGGUGCAGUAGUAUACUGGUUCCCAUUUUUAAAAACAAAGGAGACGUUCAAAACUGCAGCAGUUACCGGGGAAUAAAGCUCAUGUCACAUACGAUGAAAGUCUGGGAAAGAAUAAUAGAGAGAAGAAUGAGAGAAGAGUGUGAGAUAACAUAA